GAUUACAAAUGCUAUGUCUGUUGACCUAAAAUUAGUUCUGAUAACAAAGCUCUUUAUUUUACACAGUGGCCAAAAAGGUUUUUUUUAAAAAAAUAAAAGCUAUAAUUGUGAUGUAUUUCAGAUUUUUUAAAGUUCUGCUAAUCUUAAGUGAAGAGUUGGGGACCAUCCAGGACAGAUUCUGGGGGUGCAGGGAGAAGAGGAAGGGGAAGUUCUGUUAUGUCAAUGGAAAUCCAUUCUACUCGCACAUAGAUAGCAUUGGAAGCAACCCACGGCCUCUUAAAAAUAUGUUAAGUAAAAUUAAAUCAUACCCAAACACAAACAUGUGUGCUCUCAUCUGUUAACUGAAUUGAUGUAUUAGCCAUCAAAAAAUGAGUUAAAUGCUGCUCUUCUAUGUAAAAUAUGUAACAACCUUAGUAAAUACAAUGACACAAUAGGUCAUUUAGAAUUUACAAGCGAAUAUAAUAUCUGUUUACCCGAUCAACCAUCUUACAUGUCAGAUGUAUAUAGUAUUUGGCCAUUGCAAACAGAUGUGCUUUAAUUAUUACAUAAACUAUUAUGCACACCAGGUCAAAACGUUUAUGUGGCUAGAUUCAGACGGAGGUGAAUCCAUGGAAGGAAGAAGUCCUUCUGUGAAUUCAAGGGCCUAUGAUCCAGUGGGGGCAUCUACUCACAGGAAGGAGGUAAUUUUAACCAGUUCUGCCUCUCUUGUGAACCACCCACAUGUUUCAGAGGACCCCCAAGCCCUUGGGAGAAAGCCUUUGGUUUAAAAGAUAAGUGAGUGAAAACUGAUUCCCUCUCACCUUUCUUUAGCAGGGACUGAGAACUCUUCUCACAGGUGCUUUGAAUAAAACCUAUGUAAUUACAGGGCAAUGUCCCACUUGCGUGGGGGUUCUGUUCUGGGCAUGCAGCACUGCAGUGCAUCAGUGGGACACUGCAAGCCAGGAUUCCCCUGUUCUGCUCUCCCUGUUCACUUUUGACGUGUGUGUCAGCGGAAACAUGCACAAGUGGGGAGUUGCCUGUACAAUGUUCUGAAAUUAUUUAAAUCACCUUUGUGUGCUGAAAUAGAAGAGCAGUGAACAUAACUGAAAAUGUAAUAUUAGAAUUUCACUGUAAGCAUUGAAAUUAAGAUGAGAUAAGCCAUAAUAAUGAACAAACCAAAAUAAUUGUUUGGCUUUUUCAUGCCGCCUUCUCUCUUUUCCCAUACGGUAGUGCCAACCUGGACAAAACAGCUAGAUUUGGACUAGCCACAAGGCUGCAAGUUCAGUCAGUGAGCUUUGAUUCAGCGUUUUACUAUAAGAAUGGAUACAACAGGUACAACAGUAGUUCUACAGGACAGCUUGAAGAGUGGGGUUUUAUUUUUUGAGCCUACUGACAGCUUAUCAAAAGUGGCAUACAGAAGAGAUGAUGUGUGGUCUGAUGAACGAUAUGAUUAUGAUAGACUUCCACGAGAGCGGCUUCCUCCACGUCCUGAUUGUUUGCCGUAUGUGUUUGACAGCGUAGAAUACAAGGAUGACUAUGCUCGAGAAGUCAACUUUGCAAACAAGAAACCACCACUUCCAGAGAGACCUGGGGAAGGAAGCUACAGUAGAUAUGAAUAUAGUCAUGCUCAUGUUGGCUAUAGAGAUUACGGAGAGGGCCGCGGUUUUGUCCACGAAAGAAGAAGUGGACCACCACACAGAAUGGAUGAUCCUGGAUAUACCGGUAGAUGGCAAAGGGACGACCAUCCUGCUAGUCGUCAGCCUGAUUAUAGGGACCUGAGAGACGGCAUGCGCCGGAAACCCGUCUACCCUCACUAUGCGAGAGAUCGAUCCCCGCAUAAGAGAGAUUCUCCUUACUUCAGGGAAUCGCCGGUCAGCCGAAGGGAUUCCCCCCACAGCAGAUCUGGGUCCAGCGUCAGCAGCAGAAGUUACUCUCCCGACAGAAGCAAAGCCUAUGCCUACCACCAGUCCCAGCAUAGCAGAAGUAUGUCAUCUUUACCUAAAAGAAAUAUUUCUCAACCAGGUAAAGAGAAAAGCUCCUCUCAGUCCUUGAAAACGUCAAGAGAUGUCUCUCCCACAGGAACAGCAGCAGGGCCACCUUCAAAGGCCUUGGACAAAAGUAGCCGCUUGUCAGAAAAGGAGCUUGCGGAGGCUGCAAGUAGGUGGGCGGCUGAAAAAGCAGAGAAGACAGACACAAGCAGCGUACCUGAAAUUUCAGAUUAUGAAGCUGCGUCCACAGAACCGUUAUAUGCAGAACACCACGAAGAAACUGGCGCCAGCAUACCAGACAAUAAUGAAUUAUUUGAAGACAGCUCGCAUGUUAGUCGUUCCAAGGCAAUUGCAGCAAAGACAAAGGAGAUUGAACAGGUGUACAGACAGGAUUGCGAAACCUUUGGUGCUGUAGUGAAAAUGCUGAUUGAAAAAGACCCUGCGUUAGAAAAACCCAUCCAGUUUUCCUUAAGACAGAAUUUGCACGAGAUUGGUGAGAGAUGUAUUGAAGAACUUAAGCACUUCAUUGCAGAAUACGACACCGUCAGGCACGAAUUUGAAGAGCCGUAAGAUCAACUUGGGAUUGUCCAUAUGUAAAUUGGAAACUAUUUAAAAAAGAUUUCCCAUCAGCAUCUGCACACUUGACAGCAGAAUUCUUCCUUCGUAGUAGUCUAUUUUAUUAUUGUUAACCUUUAAGUAAAUUCCUGAAGGCAGCGAAAACAUAUUUGAGGUAUUGUUAUGGUCAUUUAUGAAUUUCAGUGCGGAUGUACAUUCCAUGUAUGCAGUAUAUACAUUAGAACAGGCACCCCCAAACUGCGGCCCUCCAGAUGUUUUGGACUACAAUUCCCAUCUUCCCCGACCACUGGUCUGUUAGCUAGGGAUUAUGGGAGUUGUAGGCCAAAACAUCUGGAGGGCCGCAGUUUGGGGGUGCCUGCAUUAGAAUAUGCUUAACGAAGUAACAUGCCCCAUUACCCAAGCUGGCUACAUACAGCAGUAAUGGUGGAGUAAAUUUACAUAUGUGUUUAGGGUAGUUUUUUGUUAUGUUGUAAAACUAAACUAAGCCUUUUGUAAACUGAAAUUAAAUGAAAUACUUCUGAAUAAGUUUUGACAAUUUGCAUUUUUUUAAAAAAAUUAUUUAAUCCUAAAAGGAAUGGAAGAAAAGGUAUGCUGUUCCCCUUCCAGUGUUUUCAUUUGUGUACAUAAAAGCAUAGUGUGUGUGUGUGUGUGUGUGUGUAUACACACACACACACACACUAAAAUGAGGUAAUUGGAGGUAGCAUAAUCACUCUAGAAGUGGUAUUGUACUGACAAAAGUCUUAACUAUUUCCAAAAGUAUCAAUGAUGCUUAAUAUGUGUAUUUCUCCCCUCCACCGAUAAGGGAGAGUGUGAACAUGUGUUACCUUGCUCAUAGCUUUCACCUGCAAUAUGGGAUUAAGUAAACUACCUCAAAGGAUUCACCAGUGUGACACUUAAGUGUGGAUGGCAUCGCAUUAGGAUCAAUUAAGUCAUAAUCUGCCUGAGUAUCUCCAAAGUGGACAACAUAAUAGUUGUCCACAUAAUCAGUAUAGGCAGGUUGAGCAUAUGCUUAUGAAUUAUGACAUGGUUGUGGUGGAUCAACAGCAAAUAACACAUUGCAAAUGCUGCUAAGACACAGACUCUCCUUGGGUAUUGGACAAUGAGCUGAUGGAUGUC